AGCAGACCGACAUCAUGUCCAUCCUGUCCUACAACGGCGCGGCGAUCAUCGCCAUGGCGGGCAAAGAUUGCGUCGGUAUCGCAUGCGACACCAGACUAGGCAUGCAGGCGCAGACCGUGGCCAUGGACUUCCAGAAGGUGUUCCGCGUGACGGACAAGACGUUUCUGGGUCUGGCGGGCCUCGCCACGGACGUGCAGUCCGUCUCGCAGCUGCUCAAGUUCAAGCUCAACAUGUACAAGAUGAACGAGGAGCGCGAGAUCAAGCCCAAGACGCUGAGCGCGCUGCUGUCGUCCAUGAUGUACGAGAAGCGGUUCGGCCCCUGGUUCGUGGAGCCCGUGAUCGCCGGCCUCACAGAAGACAACAAGCCCUUCCUCUCCAGCAUGGACUGCCUGGGCUGCGAGAUGAUGACCAAGGACUUUGUGGUGGCCGGCACCAUGGAGGAGGCGCUCUACGGCAUGUGCGAGUCCAUGUACAAGCCCGACAUGGAGGAGGAGGACCUGUUCGAGACGCUCUCGCAGUGUCUGCUGUCGGCCUGCAACCGCGACGCGCUCUCCGGCUGGGGCGCUGUUGUGCACAUCAUCACACCCAAGGGCAUCACGUCGAAGAAGCUGCAGUCGCGCCAGGAUUAGGCGUGCAACCCAGUUUACCAUGCUGCUGCGUUCUGGACGCCGUGCGGUGCACACUCGGCGAAAGCUCGCGGUGAAUGAACACAAGAGCUCGCACUGGGCGAGUGCAAGCAAUAAGGCGACAGACGAAUACAGGCAUAACGACAUUCC